AUGACAGACAUUGAAGUUUAUUCCACAAUUGUGACUGGAUUUGAAGGAAUCGGAGCUUCUGAGGUUUCUCGAAAAAUUCCGAAUGCUAAAAAUGUUGCUGCUGGACGAGGAUUCGUUCGGUUCGCGGUAGAGCCGGAAAAUCUGUCAAAAAUUGAAGAUUUACGAUCGGUUGAUAACUUGUUCGUUGUUAUCUACGAAAAUACGAUUAUCGGACUUCGCGAAAUGCAAAAAGAAGAAGCUAUUGCUACUAUAAAAGAUCAAAUUUCGUUUAUGAACUGGAAAAACGCAAUUGAGGCGUGGCAAAUUGCUCAUAAACGACCAAUUUACGGUGGUAGUCAGAAGAUUGUUGAGCAAAUGCGCAAGUUCAUGAAAGAUGGAACGCCAUCUGAAGUUUCGGAGACAUCUCCUUCAUUCCGAGUAACAUGUAAACGAGCUGGAGAUAAAAGUGUUCAUCAAUUCAGUUCAAUGGAUGCUGCGUGGCAUUUUGGUGCGCACAUCAAUAAUGUUUUCGGAUGGAAAGUUGAUAUGAAAAAGUUUGAUAUUGAAGUUUAUUUGAGGAUUGAAAAGGAUUCGGUUUCUGUGAUGAUGGCUCUAAAUGGAGAAUCAAUGUUUAAGCGCAAUAUUGUUGCGUAUGGUCCUACAACGAUGAGAUCAACUGUGUGUUACUGUAUGACAGCAUUAGCAGAUCCGAAGCCCGGUGAAAUCGUGGUUGACACAAUGUGCGGCGGUGGAUCGAUUCCGAUCGAAGGAGCCCAUGCGUUUAGAGGAGUCGCAUUUUUUGGUGGGGAUAAUCAUCCAUUAGCGUUACAGAGAUGCCAUUCAAAUUGGAAAGAAAAUGAAUUGAAUGGAGCAUUUUGUGAUUUUUUCCUAUGGUCCGCAGUGUGUCUUCCAUUAAAAUCAAAUAGUAUUGAUGCAAUAAUCACGGAUAUGCCUUUUGGAAAAAAAUUAGGAUCAGUGAUGGACAAUCGAAUAUUAUAUCCGAAAUUAUUAGAGGAAUGGAAAAGAGUUCUCAGGAUUGGAGGACGUUUGGUACUUCUUACGCAUGAUCGAAGAAGUAUUGAUGCAGCGAUCCUCAAAGACCGAGAAAAUUGGCGGACCGACUCGACACACAUGGUUAAUAUGGGUGGUCUUACAUGCUUAUGCAUUCGUCUCACAAACAUAAAAUGUGAAUAA